UACACCAGGAGAAAGCUGCAGCACAUCCUACUACAACUCAGAAGGACUCACCAUGAGCACAGCUGGGCAAGUAAUUAAAUGUAAAGCUGCGGUGUGCUGGGCACCUAAACAACCGCUCAGCAUAGAAGAGAUUGAAGUUGCACCACCAAAGGCUCAUGAAGUUCGCAUCAAGAUUGUGGCGACUGGAGUUUGUCGUUCAGAUGAUCAUGCUAUAAGUGGUGCUUUAGAUGUGAAAUUCCCUCUGAUUCUGGGCCAUGAAGCUGCUGGGAUUGUAGAGAGUGUUGGUGAAGGAGUAACAGAUCUGAAACCCGGAGACAAAGUCAUCCCACUGUAUAUGGUUCAGUGUGGAAAAUGCAGAUGUUGUGUGAAUCCAGACAGCAAUCUUUGCUACAAAAAUGAUCUUGGGAAAUUUAAUGGAGUGCUAUUGGACAACACCACUAGAUUUACCUGCAAGGGGAAACCUGUUCUACACUACGUCAGUAUCGGCACUUUUACCGAGUACACAGUGGUUGAUGACAUUGCUGUUGCUAAGAUACACCAGGAUGCACCGCUGGAUAAGGUCUGCCUUAUUGGCUGUGGAUUCUCCUCCGGAUAUGGCUCUGCUGUGAAUACUGCUAAGGUUAAACCCGGCUCUACCUGUGCAGUAUUUGGCCUGGGAGGAGUGGGUUUGUCUGUGAUUAUUGGAUGUAAAGUAGCUGGUGCUUCCAGGAUUAUAGCCAUUGAUAUAAACAGUGACAAAUUUGCAAAAGCCAAAGAGUUUGGAGCCACUGAAUGUAUCAACCCCAAAGAUUAUGACCGUCCCAUCGAUGAAGUGCUGACAGAGAUGACUGGGGACGGAGUGGACUAUGCUUUCGAGGUCACCGGAAACACUGAAGUCAUGCAAUCUGCUCUUAAAUCCACUCACUUUGGCUCUGGAAAAACUGUGAUGGUAGGUUUGGCUCCUUCAAACUCUACAAUUACAUUGGAUCCAAUGAUAGUUCUAACUGGACGUAUUCUGACUGGAGCCUAUUUUGGAGGUUGGAAGGGUAAAGAUGAUGUACCAAAAAUUGUGUCUGAUUAUAUUAAUGAAAAAUUUGAGCUUGAUGGGCUGAUAACACACAGAUUGCCAUUUGAGAAGAUCAAUGAAGCAUUUGAACUUCUGCGCAAAGGAGAGAGUAUCCGUACAGUGUUGACUUUUUGAAGAUCUUAAUCCCGGCCAUCAUCUAACGAAGAAAUC